AUUUAUUGCCAAACCAUGCAACAAUGCAUCAGAAGGGAGUGGAUGUAUCUGACAGUUGUGUCGCUGUGUUUAUAUUUUAAAAAGUUUAUAAUUUGAUUCUUUUACCCUCUCAAUACUUGAUUUCUGCCUCGAUUUUCUCUUUCACAGCGAUAAGUGCAGUAUAACCAAUUAGACGUCAGCAUGUAUACUCCAAGGAAAACGCCCAGUAUGGGGACACCCUCCAUAUACUCGCAUGUUACCUCCCGAUCGUCCGCUAAUUUAAGAGCCUCUCGUUCUAUCAAAUCUUUGAAAGUUCCCUGGUAUCGCCAACCUAUUUUGAAGGACGCUUAUUUUCUGGACAUUCAGCGGGGAUCCAUGCUCAUGGCAGGAUUUUCAGUCUUCUGCUCUUUUUUCACUCUGGCCACAGCAAUUUUUGAUAUCUACAGUUUAUACCUAGCAACUCCUGGUUCAACACACUAUGGCUACUACCUUCUGAGUUAUGAAUUCGUCUACGUUGGUAGUGCAUGGGUUCGUAAGCUGCUCAUUCUCUUCGCAUUGUUCUCCUUCCUCUUUGGAUGUGUUGCCUUCGUAACCAGUAUUGUACUCAUCAUAGCGUUAAGGAAGGAAUAUGAGAAGAAAAUGAUCCCAUGGCUCUAUGUUUACGCUGCUUUCACUGUGUUUCGACUCGUGGCUUGGCUGUUCUUUUCAAUCGUGAAUGACCUGAUCUUCACUUACAAUAUUAUGAUUUCCUUGAUCUGGUUUUUGUUUACGGUCAUCAACUGCUACGGCUGGCUUCUUGUGUAUUCGCUCUUCCUGGAGCUAUCAGAUCUCACCAAGCUGGAGGAUCUGGCGCAUCUUAGGAUGGGCACAAUGCAGUCACUCACAGCAUCUACCGCACACUCGCUGGCUGGUUCUCGACCAACCACUCCUCAUUCAACCGUCUCUACGCAGCCCGUUCAAUAAGCUGUUUUGCUCUGAGCAUGAUUAAUGCGCAACAGAUCAGGACCAGUUUUGAGUCAUUUUGUUUAAAAGUCCUUUGGAGUAUUCUUAAUUAUUGUCAAACCCCAUAAGUGUUCCCUGCCUGGGUAUUUUAUAAUCAUUUAUCCAAUAUUUUAUUUUAAUACGCUGAUAAGGCAGAGCCUUGCCGCACUUACAUUUUUUCUAUCAGAUCAAGGCUGCGAGAGGCUUUCUUAGAAACAAAGUUGGUAUUGAAAAGAUACAAAGUAAAUUUUAAGAGUUAUGUAUUUGGGAUUAAGACCCUUUUUCUGAUGAAUCUGAAACUCAUUGAGAUGGGAUACAGAAAAUUAAGAAAUAAUUAGUAGUUGACAUCAGUGAGUCAAUUACGAUAAAUUUACCGCUUUUUGAUCAAGUGGUCUUCAGUAUUAAUUCCCUAUUUUCGAGUAUUACUAUCAAUAAGUCGUCAGUCCAAGUCCAGGAAACGACCUGCUUAUGAGUCAAAGCUCGCGAAACAAAUGGAAUGUCCAUGAUCUGAUUUAAGUUUCUUUGUUAAACACUGAAUUUUUAUUUUUAAACACUAAGACAUGGUUCAAUCUUCUAAAUCUCAUUUAUUGUUUAUUUUUGAUAUGAUUAUAAUCUAUACAAUGCUUUUCACCUUCUCUCUUACAUUUUUACUCAGAGAGUGCAAACAGGAACAAGGAAGCUUUAAUCUUUCAAAGUGUUUAGCAAAAAAAAUGUUUAAUUGUCCAUGUCCUCAUCAUUUAAUGUCUCAGCCAACUCCAGACUUAUUUCCAUGAAUCAAACUUACAGCUAUACCUUACUGCUCUGACAAGUAAAUACGGGGUGACCUAAAAGUUCCACAUAGGCACCACUUCUCUAACUUUUGUUCUAAAUUAAAAUGGAGACUUGAAAAUUUGUGAGUGAUCCUAGGUAAAAAAAACUACGUUUAGAACUCCGCAAAAUUUUAGGGGGACCUUCAUGUAAAAGGGCGAAAAUUCAAAGAUUUACAAGGAUUUUGCAGGACUUUUGGAUCACCUUUAGUUAGGACGUCAUGUCUCAUGAGUAAAAGUUUUGCUAUUUCUUUUGCUGAUCACUUAAUUUUUUUGCAAAGGUGUGAACUCCUUUUGUCACAGUUAUCAGUAGGAAAAGCCAGUUAUCGAUUCAUGAUUUCAAAAUUGCAAUUCAAUUUGCUCUUUGAAAAACAUUCUUGUCCAAUUAAUGUUCUCAGAAUUUUGCAGUUGUGUCUCAACUAUCGGUUGCUAACUGGUAUUCAAGGUACACUCUACUACAGAUAUGGACAAAUGGGGUGCUGAAGUGGCAGCGCUAAAAAUGUAGGCUAUCAAGUGACGUCGCAAGUCGUACCGUCUUUGCUGCGCAGUUCACAAUGAGGUAGCUUCAAUAAGCUAUCAGAUGAAUUUAAAAAUUGAUGAAACUCAAAAUAACGAAAAACUUAACUAAAAACACAAAAAAUAACAUGAAAUUGACGAGACUCACUCUCAGAACAGAAAGUAAAUAAGUUUUCAAUAUGGCGUCGCAGUCGUAUCAUUGGAUGCUGUCAAAUCUACGCGUUUCAACGGCUUUCUAAAAUUUCAUUUGUCUAUAUCUGUUGUAGAGUGUGCCUUGACUGGCAUUGGUUAUAUAAAUAAAGUUAAUAAAGUAAUAUUUGAAUUACAUUUUGCGUGUGCUUAAAACAUAUAAGAAAAGAGUAAAAAUAAUUACACCAUAACAUGUAUUCGCACACCAUAGCACCCUGUUGUGUAAUACUUUUUACCCUUUUCUUUUACACAAAAGUAACUUCAAGAAUGAAAUCGAAAUGAGUAAAUUUAGUGUGACUAUAUUUUUUUAAGGCUUACCCUCUGAUAGCUUCAGUUUGGGUCUUCUGAAGCAUUCUUAUUUAUUUGUAACUAUAUCACCAUUUGUUGAUCUUAUAAUUGACUUUUGUAUAUUUUAUCUCGAUGUUAUACAUUUAAUUAGUUUUAAGGAACCUUGGUUCUCUCCGUCCAUUUGAAACAACAUGACUGUGUUAACAGACAUUACCAUGUGUCAGCUUUCAAUUCUCUCCUUUUCUGUAUAUCUAUGGUGAAACUGUAGAAAUACACAUUUUGGUUUGCAGAGUAGCAGACUACCUGUCAUUUUUUAUCUUUCACAUGAAAAACUACUAGACGUCUUUUCUUGAGAAUUUUAGUGAUUUUUAUUAUCUGUGUGAAGAAUAUUUGUUGAUAAUUUCAGGCUUUGAUGGUGGUUCUGUUUUCUUUUAAGAAAUGAAAUACGAGCGAAGAUUUUGAAAAGCUACAACUAAGAUAUGCAUUUUCGCAGUUUCGCUGUUGAUGUUUGAGUCUUUUUAACCACUCUUUUUUUCAGUUCAACUAUUUAACUUUUCACUGCUGUUGGCAGAAUUUUAAAUCCUUCACUUUUCAGUUUUGCUGACGCUAAGGAACCAUAAUUGGACCACGUUAGACAGAAAGGAACCAAGCCACAAAAGCUAUUGCCAAAUUUAAUUGGGCAAUUUAAUUUUCUAUGUGAAAACGGUUGUACAGGUUUUCAUGCAAAUUCCAGUGAAUUUUCUCUAUAUUACGAAGCAAAUUUUUUAAAAUUUUCAAAGGUAUCCGCACAAACGCUCUCUCAUAAAAAAUUAAAUUGAUCUGUUAAAUUUGACAAUAGCAGAUUUGGCUUGGUUCCUUUCUGUUAAACACGGUCCAAUUUAGAGUACUGCAGGUGUGUACUUGAUUUUGUUUUGAGAUUGAGGGGUUUCAAAGUUUUUUGCUUCGCCAUCGGGUAAAUAUUUACCCACUGACUUGUCAGAAUUAUACAAGAACUUUCAUUACAUAUGAAUGGAUUCCAGUCCUUUCAACAUCUCAGUUUUAGAAAUUCUCAAUUAUUUUUGGUACUUUCAGAACUUUCCAAUCAAGAAUUCUGCCUUGAAAUUGUCUGGAAGUUUUCAACAGUGUUUAGAUUAACUCUGGGAACCAGAUCUAAAAAUUCUCAAACACCAAGAAAAAUUUUGACUUUUAACUAACUUAUUGUGUAGCCAAAAAGGAUUUUCAAGAAAAGUGUGCAAUUUUGUGGUUGAUGCUGGGAAGCAGCUUUGAUAUUUCAAGAAUAAUCUUUCUUUUUGUGAUAAUUGGGCCUUUGUAGCUCCUCCUGAAAAUGGUUCCGUCCUCGUAUUUUUGUAUUAUUAGGAGACUCUUUUUGACGGCUUAUAUAUGUUGACAUAUCCAUCCACUUUAAUAUAGAGAUACGUAUUGCAAAAGAUUCCGUAUAAAAAGGUACCCCUACUCAAAUGCUGUUGUACAAUUGAAUCGGUUCUGGUCGAAGGGCGCAAGUCCAAAAUUGUCAAUUUUUCAAAAAUUAUUUCAAUACUUCCAAAAACUUUAGUCGUCCUACUUUCUGAGAAAGUUUGUUUUUGGCUUCUCCUGGGAAGGGUUUUGUGGACUUACACCCCUCUGCCAGAAUUCGAUUUAAUCAUGUUUCACCCAUCUGUUUACUUUUCUGGAAACCAAUUUAUGCUAGAAUUUAGUUGACUCAAGUUAUUUAUUUCUUUGUAAAAUUAUUUAACUUUGUAUAUAUUAGAAAUAUCCACCUUGUUUAGAGCACGCAGAAACGUACAUGGUUACAGAAUUUCUAGUUGCCCUUUAAUUCGAGAGGAAUUCGCCUUUACUGUAUUCACAGAAUUGUGCCUCAAAGAUUUAUUUGUAGCCUAUCUUUUUUAUUUUUUUACUUGUUCUCAUUGUUCGAUUUACUCUUUUAAUUUGUUAAUUUGUCACAUUUUGAGAUUAGACCAAUGAAAGUGCACAAAGAUAAAAUGAAUUUUCAAUCGUGCACUCCAGAUCACAAGCCUCUUCGUUAAACUAUGAGCUUUAUUUUCAAAAGCUAACACUAAUUGUUCGAUUUCUUGUACCUUCUUUCUUCAGCCAUUCCAAUUUCUGUCUCUUUUACUAUUGCAAGAAGAAAAAUAAAUGGGAUUUAAAAUCA